GAGAAAGAGAAAGAGCGCCACACACUACGAGGGAACCCCAUCAGCUGGAAGUAGAGUAUCAUUACAACUCUUCACGCUCAGCAGACGUUGCGUUCGUAUGCAAACAACUGCAAAAAUAUUCAGCCGCACAGUCUGAAUUGGUUUUUUUUUUUAAUUAAAUGCGCGAUUGCUCGCGAAUACACCGCAGAAAAGAGCGUCUGUUCGCAAUAAGCGAAGUGUUCGGAAGAAUCGCGGACUCAAAGCUGGAGAGGAAAGCAUGGAGUAUUUCAUGGUACCAGCUCAGAAGGUGCCCUCCUUGCAACAUUUUAGGAAAACGGAAAAAGAAGUCAUAGGGGGUUUGUGUAGUUUAGCAAACAUCCCCCUUACACCAGAAACGGCACGGGACCAAGAACGACGCAUUCGCAGGGAGAUUGCUAACAGCAAUGAGCGCAGGCGCAUGCAGAGCAUCAACGCUGGCUUCCAGUCCCUCAAAACACUCAUACCACAUAGUGAUGGAGAGAAGUUGAGCAAAGCUGCCAUCUUACAGCAGACUGCCGAAUACAUCUUCUCUUUGGAGCAGGAAAAGACACGGCUACUGCAGCAAAACACGCAGCUUAAGCGCUUCAUCCAGGAGUUCAGUGGCUCUUCCCCAAAAAGAAGGCGUGCAGAGGAGAAGGAUGAAGGAAUAGGCUCUCCAGAUAUUCUGGAAGAGGAGAAGGUGGAGGACUUGCGGCGAGAAAUGAUUGAACUCCGGCAACAGCUGGAGAAAGAACGCUCCGUGCGCAUGAUGCUGGAGGAACAGAAGUCUUUAGAUCUCGGCAUGAUGACACCACACACCUCAAUGACCAAGGGAACACUAGAUAUUCGCUCUCUGGAUGCCCACCUAUACCCUGAGAAACUGAAGGUGAUUGCCCAGCAGGUGCAGGAGCAGCAUGUGCAGACGCAAACUCUGCUUCGCCUUCACCAGCAGGAACAGCUGGAGAGAGAGGGCACUCCUGCCCGCAGUACACAGGUAUAUUCUCCAGCCACACCGUCUGCUCCCACCCAUCACACCACUGUUAUUGUUCCUGCCCCUACGUUGCCACCUCCUCCACAUCAUGUCACAGUGGUAACUAUGGGCCCUACCUCUGUAAUCAACACAGCAUCAACAUCACGACAGAACUUGGACACCAUAGUGCAGGCUAUCCAGCACAUCGAGGGCACACAGGAGAAGAUGAUUGUGCCUGAGGAAGAGCAGCGUCGGGCAGUCAUCGUAACCCCGGGCCGUAUCUUGAAUGACACGGCAGACUCAGACACUGCCUCCGACAAUGAAGGUUCUGAGGACUGUUAACUGCACCAGGCAAACAGAGGGGUCAUAUGGAGUGGCCUCCUACAGACUCUCUCACUCCCUCUCAUUAUCUUUCUCAUUUAG